CCUCAGGACCCGACGAAGGUCCCCUGAGAAAGAUAAGGUGUGUAAGGAGCAGCUCAGUGUGGCCUUUCUUCUUUUGUUUGUUUUAAUUCUCAGACAUUUGGAAACACUGUACUUUGGUAAUACUUCAGUGGCUCAUUUUUAGUGACCAGAAACACAUUAGUAUUCUGUACUUUGUGCACCCUCUCCCUGGAUGGAAAUGAUCCAGAUAAUGGAAUCCACUUUCUGCAAUCCUGGAUCCGACUAAUCUGGCUGAUUUUGUGCCAGUUAGAUUUUCAGCCAUGUUUACGGUUGUGUUCAGGAGUUUGCAAAAAGGUUUAGACAAGAGGUUAGUCUUUGAUUGAGGAUGAUCCAGAAUGUUUCAUUAGUAGGAUGUAACCCUAUAGCAUAGCAUCUCGGUCCCGGUUCCGGAAGUAUAUUUCCCGUUCAUUUUCUCCAGAGACAUUUCAGAAACACGCAAGAUAAUAUAGUUUUUGGUCUUGAACCGAACCAUCCAACUACGAGAUGAAUCGUGACAUCAAAAAAAUGAUUCAGAGCCAAAAAAAUUUCUGAACCACGUUGUGCAUCCUUUCAUUUUGACUUUACCAGCUAGAUUAAGACUGAAACCUACUCAACGCAUGUGAUUAUUUUUUAUCCCUUAUUACAUUUCUGUCACACCCAUUCCUCUCCAGCAGGCCGGCCAGAGGAGGAUGGGCUGGGCGCUGACCCUUAGGUAUCGAGGUCUUUAGUCGGCACCCCACCACCAAAGACACCAACUUGUUCCCCAUGACAUUGGCUUUCCAACAAUACAAAACAUGAUUACAUUGUAUUAUGCACAACCUAAGAUUCACACAAUGCUCCGUUUUGCAACUGAGCACUGUCUCUAUCACACCUGCUGACUCCCCGUCAGCACAGUAAACAGUCUGUUUUACUUUGGGAGUCUGAUAAAAAGACUUCUGUGAACUGCCCUACACAAUUAUGGUUCUGUGGCAUAAUGUUAUGUCACUGCCCAAUGAUUGUUUGUACUAGAUUUAGAUUCAAUAAAAGCACAUUGCAAUCUUACUUCAUAAUCAGUGUCAUGACUCAUGUGCUAUGUGUCUCACUGCCCAGUCCUUGCCCUUUUACUGUAUGCUACUCGUCUAUAUAAGGAACAGUCUAGCCGCAUUAAGGUAUUACCCUAAUCCAUUUGGCCCUAGUUAUCUUGAUUAAGUGAUCAAGGAGGUUAAGAAAGACAGUUAAGUACCUCAGAAGCUUGGAAAACCAAAGAGCCUGAAAGCACCUGAGAGGUAUGUUAUGAUACUGCGUUUAAUGGCAUCCUGGAACUCUUAAGUGACAGACAGUCCUGUGAUAUAGGGAUCUUUCUCCAGUUUACCCUUAUAUAUGACAAACUCCGCUGCUUUAUAUUAUAUGCGUGGGUCUCAGGGUGACCAGAAGGUUCAUAGGCUUUUUGCUGAAAUGUUAAGACCGAGCGUGAAGGGGAUCAAGCAAUUUGCUCAGUGAGAAUUUGCUGUGACAAGAGGGGGAAGCAAAGGAUCAUGGGAUGUGGCGUCACAAAAUCAAGCGAAUUGCAGAUGAAACCUUACAGAAGAGGGAGUAUGUCGGGCACAGGUAUGGUCUGGGUGUUUGUCCUUCCAUCUAUGUUGCCUCAUACGUUUAUGUCUGUUUUUACACAACCAUUGUUUGUGCAUGUAAAUGCUUGGCCAUGUUUGUCAAAGAACAACAUUUUCAUGACAUAUUUAUAACAAAAUCCUUCUGAAACAUUACUUUUAUAUGUUGAACAAGUCUGUCUCUAAUGUGAAAGAGACAGACUUGUUCAACAUAACAUGUAAUAUUUCUUAUAAAACUAUACAACUGUAAACAUUUUUGAAAGUGGAAGUGCUUAUGCUAUUUGUUACUUUUUCAAUAUUAGGUUGGGUAUUUUUCAAUAUUGUCUUCCCAAUUUCUAUUCAAGAUCGAUAAAUGAAAAAAAUAGGUAAACUAACCUGAUUUGUUGGUUCUUCUCCUCCAUGGCAUGCAGCUGCUACAGCAAUGAGAGCUGCUGUGUUAAUACAGCGAUGGUACCGUCAGUAUGUUGCUCGCAUGGAAAUGAAACGCAGAUGUACCUGGAAUAUCUUCCAGUCUGUUGAGUAUGCUGGGGAGCAGGACCAGAUCAAGUUGUACAAUUUCCUGGGCUACCUUGUGGAUAACUUCACACCAGCUAGCAGUGAACGAAAUCUGAUCUCCCACAUCUUCAGGGAAAAUGAAGUGUGUCGUGACAUGGAGUGGGAAAGGUACUUCUGCUACAAGAACAUUGAGGUGCCAGAACUCUACUCAGGACCUCACCUGACCUUCCCCCUCACUGUGGCUCAGGCAGAUUCAUUGGUGGAGGCCUUCAAGAACAAAAAACAGCUCCAUUCUCGCUAUGUCCUCCAGCUUCUGCUGGAAACGUGGAAACUGUUGCGGACCCUGCCAAACAUCAGCCGGAUUUCCACCUGUAACAGCAAAGAGAUAACCAUUUGCGGGGAUUUACAUGGACAACUGGAAGACUUGCUGUUAAUAUUUUAUAAGAAUGGCAUGCCAUCGAUGGAAAGGCCGUAUGUUUUCAAUGGUGACUUUGUGGAUCGAGGGACGGAUUCCAUUGAGAUUCUUCUCAUCCUAUUUUCUUUCUUACUGGUGUAUCCCAAUGAUGUUCAUCUCAACAGGGGAAACCAUGAGGACCACAUAGUUAACCUCAGGUAUGGCUUUACCAAGGAAGUGCUGGGAAAGUAUAGGCUCCAUGGGAAAAGAAUUCUAAAACUAAUCCACAAGAUCUUCAGCUGGUUGCCACUGGCAACAGUCAUUGACCAAAAAGUUCUGAUUCUGCACGGAGGGAUCUCUGACACCACCGACCUCAGUAUUAUCUCCAAAGUUGACAGACACAGAUAUAUCUCAGCACUGAGGCCUCCUAAGAAGAAGCUGCUGCAAUCUGAUGGACAGGCGUCUAUAGACUGUGAUCUGGAGGAGGACAUGUGGGCCCCCAGGGACAGCCCUGUCACCUGGAGCUGGACUUCCCUGACCUCGCACAAUCCCUUUGGCUCACGAAACAGCUUCCAGCGUCGCUCGCUCCAAGAUUUCUCUGACAGGCUGAAAUGCUCAGAGGAGAAAGACCUGGAGGAACUGCGUCGGCAAGCAAAAUUUACCCAAUCCUACAGAGAUCUCCCCCAGUCCCUCAGCUUCAGCUUCAGUCCUUACUCUUCUGAGCAUGAUGAUACCAACACUGAUGAGUGGAAACAGAUUGUGGACAUUCUGUGGAGUGACCCCAUACCCCAGGACGGCUGCAUUCCUAAUGAAGUGCGAGGGGGGGGCUGUUACUGGGGUCCAGAUGUGACCGAUGAGGUGCUGAACAAGCACAACCUGCAGCUGCUCAUUCGGUCCCAUGAAUGCAAACAGGAGGGUUACGAGUUCUGCCACAAUCGCAAGGUCGUGACCCUUUUUUCUGCCUCCAACUACUAUGAGGUGGGCAGCAACAGAGGUGCCUAUAUCAGAAUGGGGCCUGACACAGUGCCUCGCUUCUUUCAGUACCGGGCCAGCAGUCUGACCCGAUCACUAAGCCUGAGACAAAGUGUGGGCCGCACAGAACACUCUGCCCUGAGGGUUCUGAGGGAACAGCUGAUCGCACACAGGUCAGACCUCAUCAGAGAAUUCCAGGAGUAUGACCCAGAGAACAGAGGUGUGAUCAGCCAGAGCGACUGGGCCCUGGCGGUGGAGAAGAUCCUGCGGCUGAACCUGCCCUGGCGAGUGCUGCGGCCUCAGCUGAUGAGCUGUCCGCCAGAUGGCCUGCUGGAUUACCUGGCCUGGUUCUCCGAUCUCUCCAUCAAAGAGCCGGACAAUGAGCACAUAGACCAGAAUUUGCUAGAGACUGUGUACAGACAUCGUUCGACCCUAGAGACCAUCUUCAGAAUAGUGGACGCAAACAAUUCUGGUGUCAUCUCUUUUGAGGAUUUCCGCCAAACGUGGAAACUGCUUGGCUCCUUCCUUCAGAUGGAAAUCAGUGAUGAGGUCAUCUCCAACCUGGCCAUCAGUAUUGAUUCCAAUAAUGAUGGGAGCAUUGACAUCAAUGAGUUCAUGGAAUCCUUCCGUCUGGUGGACAUGAAUAGACUAGAGAGGGGGCAGAGCAUGUUCCUGAUUCCUCCCUCAGCACUGCCUGAGGAGGAACACCAGUCUGAGGGAUUCGCGCCUGAAGAACCACCACCAGAAGAACCCCAACAUGUGGAACCUCUAUUUAAGACACCUCCAUGAGAGGAACCCCAGUCUAAAACAUGACCUCACUUGUAUUGAACAUCACUGAGCAAACUAUAUUAUAAUUUUUCUAAAAUGAAAAGGGAAAAUUAACCUUGGAAUGUAAGUUUAACAUUGUCAGGGAUUCAAUUGGCAUCAAUUUCGAGAAGAAAGUAUAAGGUGCAAUUGUAACUGUUCUAACCAAAUUGCACUUUUUUCUCUUCACUCUGGAUAACUUCAUUGCCUGCACAUUGUUGGAGCUGUAAAUAUCACAGACUUCAAAUAGCAGCUGGAAAGACAUUAUAACAGCAGCCUAACCCUAACCUUCACCCUAACCCUAACCUGGGACACAGGACAGUGCUGGGACCAGGCCUGUGACCAGGCCAUGUCAUGAGAUAAACAGAGCAUGGUCUGUUUUGGUAAAAGGAGGUAAUAAUACAUUUAUAGAUAUGUACUCUAUGCCUGCAUAACUGUCAGGGUCACAGAGAGGACACUGGCCUCCUUAGAAAGGGCUUGAGUACAUUCUGCAGGGGAGUUGAUGGGUGUGAUGUGCAAUUCUACUGAUAAAACUACUGCUUAUCAGCUGAAAGGUUCCUUUACAAAUUAUACUGUCAGCAGCAAAAAUUCAAAUAAUUUGCUAUAACUUUUGCAGCAAACAAAACAGUUCACUGUGAAAUCUUGCCCCUAGCUUGAUACCCUUCUUCCUUUCAUGAAUAAUUUCUGACUCAGGCAGUCACAUAUGGCAAACGGUACAUAAGCAAUGUGAAAUGCUGAAUGAAUGUAUUAUAUCCACACACUUAACAUACAGUAUGCAAUUAAUCAUAUUUUUAAUACAUGAUACAUUUACUAUGUAUUAAAAAAAGACCAGUACAGAGUAACCUGGGAAGAUGAUGCACACACAGACUUUUGAAACUGGAGACCAGAAGACAUACACAGUACAUAAACAGGGGGUCUAGUAAUGUCACAGUAGAUAUGUACAACCAAAUUACUAUUCAGGUGAUACUCUGAAGAGGUUAGGUUUGAGACUGAAGGUUCCAACAAAGGGAGAAGAACAGACAAAAGAACUCCUUUCCUGGGAGAAGCAUAAUCCCAGUCUGUGCACUGAAGUGAUGUUAGAGAGGAGAGGACAGCGGAAUAAGACACAAUCAAGCCAUGGCUCCCUGCUGCUCAUGCUGACCUGUCGCCAUUUCUCUCAGGGAAUGUGCUGGUCCUCGUGGCGGAGGGGGUGUGGCCUGCUGAUGGGGCGUGGCCUGCUAAGUGGACACAACUGUCCGGUGCUGUAGAACCAGCUGUGGCAAAAGGAGAACUGGAAAAGUUCAUUUCUUGUAUUCCUUAAUUAAGCCCUAUCACACGAGAGGAAGUGUUGUUAUACUACGUACUGUGAUUCAGUCAUAGGCACGGCCAGUCAAAAAUGCAUUUUUUCAACAAUGUACGAAUGCAUCAAUUAAACAUUACAGUAAAAAGUUCCAGUGCUAUAUUGUUUAUCAACACUCAUGAAAUGCUUCUUGUCCAAUCAAAUUACUUGACCAGAACUAACUGUUGUAUAAACGUAUAAAUAAAAUUUAGGGGACGAGUAUGGUUAGGCCCAUUAUUUUGUUGGCAAAUUAAAUGAUGCAAUGAAACUCUUGAAGCUAGGUCCUCUAUCACCUCUCAGAAGAGGACCUUGACUGGAAAAUACUCAACUUGGUGUGCCAUAGAAAAUGUCUGUUAGGGGAUGAAAGAGCCAACAAUGUUUUAAAUGGAAAUGGCCUGUGGGUGGUAUAUAAAGCAAAACUAUAAAACAAAACUAGUCAUUAGAAGGUCUCUUGCUUUUUCUGUAUAUUUUACAAUUUCUGUAUAUACAGCGGUUGUUACCCAUUGUUUUGGAGAAUCCCCAACUGAAUAACCAGCUUUUUUCAAAAUGGUUGAUCAAAUUAGAUCGAGAAUGUGCCAGACUACCAUCAGUUCUAAAUUGAAGUUUCUAAUUUAUGAAAUGCUUUAUUUCAUUGCCAUGUUUGUACUGUGACAGUUAGGAAGGCCUGACACACAUACUCUCACACACAAACACACACAUGCACUUUUUUUGUUUUCUUUUGGAAAAGUGCGGUGAACACAAUGACACAACACAAACUGCCACUUUCCUUCCUUAGUUUCCUUAGUUAUGGGAUAAAGGGUGUGACCACACCCUAUAGGAGGGCAAAGAGGGGUGGAAAAUAAGAUUUGGUCAGAGAAGUAGAACUAGAGGACAUAAAAAUUAUGUUUUGGUUUUUACAUUACAUUACAGGCAUUUAGCAGAUGCUCUUAUCCAGAGCGGCUUACACAACAUUCUACAUAGCAUUUACAUUGCAUCCAUUUAUACAGCUGGAUAUAUGUUCAAGCAAGGAAUCAAACUUGUGACCUUUAGGUUGUAAGACUUGUUCCUUACGCAUUAUAUUACAGUGCCACCCAAUGUUCUGGAUCGUUUGACUAAUUGUACAUUCAGAAAGAGUACCAUAUUAUUUUAAUAAAACCAUAUUUUGUGGA